CCGCGCUGGGCCCGGGGGCCUGGCCGGGCGGAGCGCCGCGCCCUCCUGACCGGCCGUCGCCCGCCGGCCCCAACCGCCUCCCGGGCUAGCCGCCCCUCCGGCCCCGGCCUCCCGCCAGGACCCCGCUUCCUUUGUGGAUCUGAAUGAUUUGGGGGGCCUCCUCCCUCCCCCUUGAGAUUACGGUGCUAGAAGGCCGACCCACCACCUCGGUCAGUGUCCCCCGCCCGGGUAACGUCCCUCGUUUUGUUCCUCCCCGCGGGCCCUCCCGCUCCCCGCUCCUUACGGUGUUUGAUGGUUUUUUUUUUUUAGUUUUUUUCCUUUAUUUUUCUCGUCUCCUGACUGGAAGGCCCCGCGCGAGGCUCUGCGCCUGUGCCCCUCCUGGUCUUUUCCUCACCCCCUCACAAAUAGCCAAACCCCCAGCCCCCCGGCCGGCGAUGGCGCGACAGUGAGGGCGGCGAGGCCGGACCACGCUGGGACAGUGCCCGCGCCCCGCCGGGCGUGAGGACACACACUCCCCCGCUCUGCGCCCCUUUUUCGUCUUGCGAGCUCUCUGAGAAGAGAGAAGACGCGGGGGAAGAUGUGGCUGAAGCUAUUCUUCCUGCUCCUCUAUUUUCUGGUCCUGUUCGUCCUGGCCAGGUUUUUUGAGGCCAUUGUGUGGUAUGAAACUGGCAUCUUUGCCACCCAGCUGGUGGAUCCGGUGGCGCUGAGCUUCAAGAAGCUGAAGACCAUUCUGGAGUGCCGGGGGCUGGGAUAUUCAGGGCUGCCCGAAAAGAAGGAUGUCCGGGAGCUGGUGGAAAAGUCAGGUGACUUGAUGGAGGGUGAGCUCUAUUCUGCACUCAAGGAAGAAGAAGCAUCUGAAUCUGUUUCUAGUACCAAUUUCAGUGGUGAAAUGCACUUCUAUGAGCUUGUAGAAGACACAAAAGAUGGCAUCUGGCUGGUUCAGGUCAUAGCAAAUGACAGAAGUCCCUUGGUUGGUAAAAUCCACUGGGAGAAAAUGGUGAAAAAGGUGUCAAGAUUUGGAAUACGAACAGGCACUUUUAAUUGUUCCAGUGACCCCAGAUACUGCAGGAGAAGAGGCUGGGUACGAUCCACGCUCAUUAUGUCUGUCCCACAAACAAGCACUUCUAAAGGGAAAGUCAUGCUUAAAGAAUAUAGUGGACGCAGAAUUGAAGUAGAGCACAUUUUUAAGUGGAUAACUGCUCACGCAGCUUCUCGGAUCAAAACCAUUUAUAAUCCUGAACAUUUGAAAGAAGAGUGGAAUAAAAGUGAUCAAUAUUGGGUAAAAAUAUACCUGUUUGCAAACCUUGACCAACCCCCAGCUUUCUUCUCUGCACUAAGUAUAAAGUUUACCGGAAGAGUUGAGUUUAUUUUUGUUAAUGUGGAAAAUUGGGACAACAAGAGUUACAUGACAGAUAUUGGUGUAUAUAACAUGCCAUCAUACAUUCUUAGAACUCCUGAAGGAAUUUACCGAUACGGAAACCACACAGGUGAAUUUAUAUCCCUUCAGGCCAUGGAUUCAUUUUUGCGCUCAUUGCAACCUGAAGUAAAUGAUCUGUUUGUUUUGAGCUUGGUUCUAGUUAAUCUUAUGGCUUGGAUGGACUUAUUUAUCACACAAGGAGCAACCAUAAAGCGAUUUGUGGUUCUCAUAAGCACUUUAGGGACAUAUAAUUCUCUAUUAAUUAUUUCCUGGCUACCUGUGUUGGGCUUUUUACAGCUCCCUUACCUAGAUAGCUUUUAUGAAUAUAGCUUAAAAUUGUUGCGAUAUUCCAAUACAACCACACUGGCUUCAUGGGUAAGGGCAGACUGGAUGUUCUAUUCUUCACACCCGGCCCUGUUUCUCAGUACGUACCUUGGACAUGGUUUACUAAUUGAUUACUUUGAGAAGAAGAGACGGCGCAACAACAACAAUGAUGAAGUCAAUGCCAAUAACUUAGAAUGGUUAUCAAGUCUGUGGGACUGGUACACCAGCUACCUCUUCCACCCGAUUGCUUCUUUUCAGAACUUUCCUGUAGAAUCUGAUUGGGAUGAAGACCCUGACUUAUUCUUGGAGCGGUUAGCUUUCCCUGACCUUUGGCUUCACCCUCUGAUACCAACUGAUUACAUAAAAAAUUUGCCAAUGUGGCGAUUUAAAUGUCUUGGAGUCCAGUCUGAAGAGGAAAUGUCGGAGGGUUCUCAAGAUAUUGAAAAUGACUCAGACAGCGAGAGCACAGACACUUUUAGCAGUGAAAAGGAAGUAUUUGAAGAUAAACAAAGCAUAGUUCACAAUUCUCCAGGAAGAGCAAGUCACUGUGAUGCUGAGGCUUGUUCAUGUGCCAAUAAAUAUUGUCAGACCGGCCCAUAUGAAAGGAAGGGGAGGUCAUAUGGAUCAUAUAAUGCUAAUGAAGAUAUGGAACCUGAUUGGUUAACUUGGCCUGCUGAUAUGCUGCACUGUACUGAAUGUGUUGUUUGCCUAGAGAAUUUUGAAAAUGGAUGUUUGCUAAUGGGGUUGCCUUGUGGUCAUGUGUUCCAUCAGAAUUGCAUCGUGAUGUGGUUGGCUGGGGGCCGACACUGUUGCCCUGUUUGCCGGUGGCCUUCUUAUAAAAAAAAGCAGCCAUAUGCACACUACCAGCCCUUGUCAAAUGAUGUCCCAUCUUAACCAUGUGCAAUUUGUCCUUUAUAAGCUUUGAGUAUCUUACAGCUUGCCUUUUUAAUGUUAGUCACAAUGUUUUUGUGGUUUGAAGUUUAGUUUAAUGUUAGUGCAGUGACAGGAAAUACACAUUAUGCUAAUGUUGAUGACAAUUACUUGGUUGCCUUGUGUGUCAAUUGAAUGCAUACUUAAUUGUAAAAAUUUUUAUUUACAACAUUGGAAAUUCAGAAGUUAAUGUUUUUUGUAAGCACAAAAGAAGUAUGAUAGAAAUUUAUCCUAGCAAGACUUUACAAGGUAGGAUCAAAUUCUAAUGGAAUUGAGGCGGUUUCUUAUCCUAAAUGUUUCCUCCCUUUUUACAAUCUCUGUCCAGCACCUCUUGGUUAAAUAAUGUAUGCUCUGAGACAUGAAAUUAAAACAGACCUAUGAAAUAAAUUAUUUUAAAACCAGAAGA